AUGAACAGCGGACCUGAAGCGGAGUCUCACCGUACCGAUUCGGCACCAAAAGCGUCCCCGACUUUGACCCACGCCAGCGGCGUAUCCCAAACGGCCUCCGAUGGUGCCAACACCACGCCGAAAGCAGACGUGCUCUCGAGCUCGCACCCAAACGACCCAGUCAACAACCAGUACGAGUCGUAUGAACACGACAUCGCAUCGCCCAUGUCGGCAACCAGCACGACCGUGCACCCCGGAACGCCGCCAGGCAGCACAAAUACAAGUACGACAACAUCCAACUCACCGCACACCGACACAACUACUCCGACAACAAAGUGUAGUCACCCAGAUUCGGCGCGUGCUGAAGACCUCCUCUCCUCACUGGUGACUAACACAGACAUGUCUAACCAGCCAGCAAACCCCUGGAUUACCUCCGAACGACGCAGGAGACCCAGUCCCAAUGCGGAAUCCUCACCUGAUUUCAAAAAUUCCAAAAAACAAAAAGAGAGCAACAACAUCGACCCUGGCCAAAGCCAACCCCUUGCCCCGGCACAGGGCUCACGCUUCAGCCCACUGGUGUCACACGAUACUCAAUCCUAG